CAAAAAAAAAAAAUAUUGGUUUAACCGACUCAAUGGCAGAAACCCCAAACCCCAAUCGAUACAGAAUGCAUUAGCAGAGGCGACUGCAGAAGGGAGAACUCGGCCUUCGGUUCGGUUGAUCUCCGCCUUUUGGCUCGUGAUUUGAAUAGUGCAUCAAGUAGUGCAGACGGUAUGGCAGGAAACAUUGGCCCAGGUACAUCUGAGAAGAAAUCAAGUGAAUCACUGACUGAUAUACCAAUCUUCAGUGCUGAGAAUACGCAGAGUAAUCUGAAAGUUAUAUAUUACAGCCGGACAUUCAUGUCCAUCAUUGGUGGGGUUGUUUCUGGGAUUUUGGGAUUCACAGGCUUCUAUGGAUUUGUUUUGUAUUUCCUCAUCAUGGCAAUCACUUCGGCUGGACUCGUAGCCAAGGCAAAGUUUUCUGUUCAUUCGUACUUUGAUAGCUGGAACCGGAUUAUGCUGGAUGGGAUUACGGGUGGCCUUAUGUAUUGACCUUACAACUUCUAUCUCUCUAUGCAGUCGUUCGUGCUGUUCUGGACAUUUGCAUAUGAUAUCGUGCACAUAUUCUGAGCAAGGCUAUGCAUCAUCUUCGAUCGAAGGCAAGCCAUGGUGCCAUUGCUCGAGGCAUUGAUGCAGUUUCUUGGACGUUAAAAUAGCUUCUACAAUGGUGUUCAUUUACAACAAUGAUGGUCAAAUUCAACUGCCUUAUUUAUCUGUUCGUUCUGAGAAGAGGAUUUUGGUUCGGGUAAUAGUUGCUUUGCAGUUUUUGCGAUGGCAACUGUGGUUCUUUCUUUAUUACUUUAAUACCUGCUGCUGCUGCUUUCUUUGGGUGA